AUGGGGAGUAAUGUUCCCCCAGAGUGCUGUGUGAGGGGCUGCAUCUCCAGGACAGUGAGCUCACCCAAUCAACAUCUCCUCCGUGUGGACGACGUGGUCAGCUGUUGUCUGGACCUCAGCGCUCCCAGUAUAUCCUUCCGUAUCAACGGUCAGCCCGUCCAGGGGAUGUUCGAGAACUUCAACUCUGACGGACUGUUCUUCCCUGUAGCCAGCUUCUCCGCCGGGGUCAAAGUGCGUUUCCUGCUGGGUGGUCGUCAAGGAGAGUUUAAGUUCCUGCCCCCGCCGGGCUACGCUCCGUGUUUCGAGGCUGUGCUACCCAGGGAGAAGCUGAGAGUGGAACACAGCCAGGAGUACAAGGAGGACCACAGUGAGACCAGGGACCUCCUGGGGCCCACCAUCACCCUGUCCCAGGCUGCCUUCACCCCUACACCUGUUGACACCAGCCAGGUGGGUAAAGAAUACUUUUUACUAUACUGCGUCAUGGUGGGUGUGAACUUUACUUUAACUGGUCAACAACUGACAGGGGUUAAGGUCAAUUGACUAGCCUCCCUUGCCUCAAUAGUUAGUCCAGAUCUACUUUACAUUUUACAUUUACAUUUUAGUCAUUUAGCAGACGCUCUUAUCCAGAGCGACUUACAGUAGUGAAUACAUUUCAUACAUUUCAUGCAUUUAUUUUUAUUUUAAAAAAUGUUGUACUGGCCGCCCGUGGGAAUCAUACCCACAACCCUGGCGUUGCACACACCAUGCUGGCGUUGCAAACACCAUGCUCUACCAACUGAGCCACAGGGAAGGCGGGUAAUGUGUGCGGGUAAUGCUUCUGGCCAAAGGCAUGGACUUCCUGUGUAUCUUGUCUUGUGGUUUCAGGUUGUUCUGCCUCCUCACCUGGAGAGGAUUAGGGAGAAGCUGGCAGAGAACAUCCACGAGCUGUGGGUGAUGAACAAGAUUGACCUGGGCUGGACCUACGGAGCUGUACGGGACGAUAACAAGCGGCAGCAUCCUUGUCUGGUGGAGUUCUCCAAGCUGCCUGAGCAGGAAAGGAGCUACAACC